AUGGAUACCCUACAACUUUCGCCGAUACCAGGAUCUGACCUAAUCGAAUCCAAGGCGAGAAUCGUCAUCCAGCAGUGCGUCUCGGCGCGUGUCCAACUCCAAUCACCAGUGGAAGGUGGUUCUGUCGACUUUGUGGAGAUUAAAAAAGGCAUUGUAGUAUACGUCUGUUUUCUGAAGGAAUGUUCAAAGGAACUACUAAACCGAAUGGCUCAUGUUGUUUUACAUGUGAGGUACCUGAAAGACGCCCACGGUAGUCGUGUGUCAGUUCUGGAGCUCCCAGGCGACGUGUUGAUAGUUCCACAAUCUACACUCGGCGGAAUUCGCAAGAAACGUCAUUUGACCUACCAUUAUAAUGUCAACAAGGAAGAUGCCCACGAAAUGUACAAAGAAUUCGUGUCUCUUUGCCGACGUGGUGUGGAAGAAAAUGUGCGCCAUCAGUGCCAAGUACGGUGCGGACAGUAUAACAGUAAACAAGAAGGCAUGCUGGUGGAGAGCGGCGAGUGUGGACUUAUGACGCAUUUGGUUGAGUUCUAA